CCUCUCUGUCAGAUCACAGCUCCUUCACUUGGAGAGCAGACCGGUAUCACCUGGAGGAUUGAUCCCAGACAUGAGACUCUGUGCUCGGGCUGGAGCUCGGUGUCUCUUGCCCGUCCUGGUUCUCCUGACUGUCCUCCAUGUCAAAGCAGACCAGCACCAACCCAGGGAGAGACACUAUUACAUUGCCGCUGUUGAGAUAGACUGGAACUACUCUGGCAAUGACACACACAGGCUUGGUCCCACCUAUAAGAAAGUGGUCUUUCGGGAGUAUGAGAAAGACUUCAGACAGGCUAAGACUCAUCCCUCCUGGUUAGGUCUACUCGGACCCACACUGAGGGCAGAGAAGGGGGAGACGAUUGUUGUCACUUUCAGAAACAUGGCGACUGGACUACAUAGCCUCCACCCACACGGGGUCGCUUACGGGAAACAGUCAGAGGGAGCCCACUACUUUGACAACACAUCACAGAAAGAGAAAGAGGAUGACGUAGUGCAGCCUAACAGUGAACACGUUUACUACUGGGAGGUUACGUCAGAUGUUUCUCCACAGCCAAAUGACCCUACCUGUCUCACCUACACCUAUAUCUCCCACCAAAAUGUUGUGGAGGAUUACAACUCAGGCCUCAUUGGUACUUUACUCAUCUGCAAGCCUGGCAGUCUGGAUGAGUCGGGGAAUCAGGUUGCCGUCAACCAGGAGUAUGUGUUCCUCUUUGGGAUUUUUGAUGAGAAAGAGAGCAGGUACAAACCAAACGGCCAUGCCUCAGACAACCACGUCAAAUACACCAUCAACGGAUACACAGAGGGAUCACUACCUGAUGUCAGUGUGUGUGCCUAUGCCUCUGUGAGCCUGCAUCUGGUGGGUAUGAGCUCAGAGCCGGAGGUAUUCUCAGUGCAUAUGAACGGGCAGGUGCUGCAGCAGACCGGGCAUAAAGUGUCGUCAGUGGGCCUGAUCAGUGGCUCCUCCACCACUGCCAGCAUGGUGGCUAUCCACACAGGCCGCUGGCUGCUCUCGUCACACACCAUCAAGCACAUGGAAGCUGGCAUGCAUGGCUUCGUGGAUGUGAAGAAGUGUGCCGGCUUUAACGCACCCCAGCGAAGGAUGACCAUUGAACAAAAACGACACAGCAAGGAGUGGAAAUACUACAUAGCUGCUGAGGAAAUUGUCUGGGACUAUGCACCUGACAUGCAUGACUACAUUGAUGAGAACUUCAAAUUCCAGUACCUGAGACAGUCAUCAACACGCAUAGGGAGAAAGUACAAGAAGGCAGUGUACACGCUGUACCAAAAUGAGUCUUUCACUGAAAAGUUAGAGACCAAGCAAAGGAAAAAUGAGCUUGGGAUCUUGGGCCCAGUGAUCAGAGCGCAAAUCAGAGAUGUCAUCAAGAUUGUUUUUAAGAACAUGGCCUCCAGGCCCUACAGCAUCUAUCCACAUGGGCUGACAAUAGAGAAGUCAGAAGAGGGAGUCAACUACCCAGCAGGAGGCAACCAGUCUCAUGGUGUUCAGCCAGGUGAGACACACACCUAUUUAUGGAAAGUGGCCGAAGAGGAUGAGCCUUUGGACGGAGACUCUCGAUGUUUGACACGAGUGUACCACAGUGCAGUGGACACACCACGUGACAUCGCCUCAGGACUAAUAGGACCAAUCCUCAUCUGCAAGAGUCAGUCGCUCAAUGUCAGGAACGUGCAGCUGAAAGCAGACAAGGAGCAGCAUGCCUUGUUGGCUGUGUUCGAUGAGAACAAGAGCUGGUACCUGGAUGACAACAUUCGCCAAUAUUGUGAUCGAUCCAAAGUCAACAAGGCAGACGCAGACUUUUAUAAGUCCAAUGUCAUGCACACAAUUAAUGGUUAUGUGUUUGAGAGCGGCCCGCUCUUGGGCUUCUGCAAUGGGGAAGUUGUAACAUGGCACGUGUCCAGCAUUGGAGCACAGGACUACAUCCAGACAGCUACUUUCUACGGCCAUACAUUUGACCUGAAUGAGCGGACAGAGGACUUUCUCAGCCUCUACCCCAUGACUGGAGAGACCAUCACUAUGAACAUGGACAACAUUGGUGUCUGGCUUCUGGCUUCCCUGAAUUCUCAUGAGACAACCAAAGGAAUGCGCGUAAAGUUUCAGGAUGUUGAGUGCUAUCGUGACUACCAGUAUGAGUACACUGACUAUGAAAAUUCAGCAACAAAUAUAAAUGUACAAGAAUAUAAUGUGUGGAAGCCUCCGGGCUUGGAUGAGAUCAAGAAGGUAGAGGAGACGCCAAAGCUUGUAAUAGAAAUGCCAGCGGAGAUCGAUGCUUACACAGACAUGUUUGCAGAUGAAUUAGGUCUCAGGUCUUUGAAGAACCGAUCUAGUAGCUCAGAUGUGGAGGAGCUGGACCUCUCUUUCCUCGACUAUGAUGUCAUUGAUGUGCUUGAUGGAGAUAUGAAUACCACCCUUAAUUUUAAGGAGAAAAAGAGUAAAAAUCAGACCUCCAUUCCAAAGCCAAAUGCACUAAAUGAGACAUCAUUUUCAAAUUGGAAAGAGGAUGGACUAAACCUUACAGCAGUUAAUUUGCAGAACCAAAGCAUCAGUGAAAAUACAACACAUAUGCAGAACAGUAGUACGCCAUCAACUUUUGACAGUUCUUCUGUGUAUAAAACAGAGAACACAACCGUUUUUUCUAUUCUAUUUUCUAUCCUAAAUAUAUUACUAAAGAAUGACAGUAUAACUACAAGUGCUUCUGUAGUUGUCUCAAAUCUGGAUAAUGUUGCAGUAUCUGACACAAAGAACACAACAUUUCAGAAUGCUACAGCAUUAUCAAAGGUUGGAAAUGAAUCUACAGAGAUUACCAAUCUUACUGUGACAUUAGGAGGAAAUUCAGGUUCCAUCUUGGAGACUGAAAGAAUGAAUGUAACCCAGACUGGUGAUAACCAGACUUCUGUGGGCACGAUCUUGGCCGAGGACUCAGAGGAGAGACUCACCAGAGGGGACGUGUUCUCUUACUCUGUGCCUUUAUCCAAUUCCAGCAGCACCAACAAUCUCCACAGUACACCAGAGGGCAAUGUCACCUCUCCCUCACGCAGUACAAAAAAGGAAGAUGAGAAUAACACAGCAGAUGGAACAAACCAUUCAUUGUCUAUUCCAACAUCUGAUGUUGGAGAGGUUGACAUCAGCAGCAUAGACAGACGCAACGUGACCAUCUUUGAGUUGGAAGUGGAGAGUACAGACAAUAAAACCAGUGGCAAUGACUCUCUAAUCACUGCAGCAGAGCCAGAGUAUGGACUUCAGAUGAAUUCCUCCGAAACUGCCAAUUCCAGCCUUGAAAAUGAAACACACAUUUUGCUCGAAACUGAGCCCUUACAGAACGUCACGGUGAAUAUAUCCAGAUCAAAUUCAUCAUGGGAGAUUAGUUCCGAGAGUAGGCAGAAUGUCACAGCUCUUCUUGGCGAGUUGAACCACACAUCUUCUGCAGAAAGUUUCCCCAGUGAGACUAUGGUUUCAGCUAACAUGUCCCUUCCCAGCGAUGCAGUAAGAAAGAACAAUGCUGAGGAGGUAUCUGCCUCACACAGCAGUGAAGAAGUGAUUAUCUACCUUAAAGAAAACAAUACAGAGGGGAUUAAAACCACCUCUGUCAAAACGCAGGGGCACAACUGGACUUACGAGGGAACUCACCAGUUGGUACCCAUGGAGACUCCUGACUACAUGAUAAAAUAUUUGGGGACAGAGACCCCUCAAACAACACCAAGUCCAAAAAAGAAGACCAGGAAGGUGAACCUCCGACAGAGGCCCCAGAAGGGCCAAGGCAUGAAAACAAAGAAGAGGAAGGAAUACAAGCCUCAGGCCAGGAGCGGCUUACCAUUCUCUCCUCGUGGGUUCAAUCCAGGCAUGACCCCGCGCGGGUCACGACCCCAGGCACCACAACCUGUCUCCGAUGAGGAGGAGCUCAUUAACAUGCCCGUCGUCAUCGGUGUGCCCCGGCCCGAUUUCAGUGACUACGAGCUGUAUGUCCCUGGGGGCGAACCACGUCAUCUAGAGCUUUAUGAGCAAGAUAUUAAGGCAAACGAAUAUGAGUAUGUGACAUACAAAGACCCCUACAGCAGUCAUGAAGACAUCAAGAAUCUCAACCUGGACGAGACCACCAAAUACUACUUAAAAUUCUCAGGCCCGAAUGUCAAGACUUACUUCAUCGCUGCAGAGGAGGUUCAGUGGGACUAUGCUGGUUACGGACAGAGGAGGCAAGACAAGUCGCAAGAAAACAGCCAAGUAACUAAGUUCACCAAGGUGGUUUUCCGAAGUUACAUGGACAGUAGCUUCAACACACCUGACAUCCGUGGAGAGUUAGAUGAGCAUCUAGGCAUCCUGGGACCUGUCAUCAAGGCAGAGGUUGGACAAAGCAUCAUGGUGGUGUUCAGCAACAAAGCCAACCGGCCGUACUCCUUACACCCAAAUGGGGUUUCCUACACCAAGCAGACAGAGGGUCUGUCCUAUGACGAUGGCUCCAAGUACUGGUAUAAAUAUGACAAUGAGGUUCAACCCAAUACUACCUUCACAUAUAUGUGGAAGGUCCAUUCUAUGGUCGGGCCAAUGCCAGGCGAGUCUCACUGUCGGACCUGGGCCUACUAUUCAGGUGUUAAUCCUGAAAGGGACAUCCACUCUGGCUUGAUUGGGCCUUUGCUGGUGUGUCGAGAGGGAACCCUGGACAGGAAUUUACCAGACAUGAGGGAGUUCACGCUGCUUUUCAUGACCUUUGAUGAGACGCAGAGCUGGUACUACGAGAAGAACCACGAGAUGAUGCAGAGGAAAAGCCGAAAGAGAGUUAUGGACUCCGACUUCAAGGAGAACUUCAAGUUCCAUUCCAUCAAUGGCAUUAUAUACAACCUGAAGGGCCUGAGGAUGUACACCAACCAGCUCGUGUGUUGGCACCUGAUCAACAUGGGUUCUCCCAAAGACUUUCAGAGUGUCCACUUCCAUGGACAGACGUUCCUCCACAAGAAGACCACCAGUUACAGACAGGCCGUCUACCCGCUGCUGCCUGGGGGCUUUGCUACUCUGGAGAUGUAUCCAUCCAAACCUGGUCUGUGGCAGCUGGAGACAGAAGUGGGUUUCAACCAACAGAAGGGCAUGCAAACCCUCUUUCUGGUUCUAGAUAAUGACUGCUACCGUCCGCUGGGUCUAGAAUCAGGCAGUGUCAAAGACAACCAGAUCACAGCAAUCAACACUAGAGGAUACUGGGAGCCCCAUCUUGCCAGAUUGAACAAUCAGGGUAAAUACAACGCAUGGAGCACAGAGCAGAACCGCAGCUGGAUUCAGGUAGACUUCCAGCGGCCAGUUGUGAUCAGCCAGGUGGCCACCCAGGGAGCCAGGCAGAUGCUCUAUUCCCAGUUUGUGAUGAAGUACUGCAUCUCCUACAGCAGCGACCGCCAGAAUUGGAUCUUCUAUAAGGGCGACAGCAGGGACGUCAGGAAGGUAUUCACUGGAAACCAGGAAGUCUAUGAGGUAAAUAGAAACACCUUCUUUCCUCCCGUGAUUGGACGGUUCAUUAGGCUCCACCCCAUCGACUGGUACGACAAGGCCACAGUCCGCAUGGAGUUCUACGGCUGUGAGCUUGACGGCUGCUCGGUGCCUCUGGGGAUGGAGAGUGGACUAAUAGAAGACCAUCGCAUCACAGCCAGCUCCACAGCUUCCAGCUGGUACGCCGGACCCUGGAAACCUUCCCUUGCACGCCUCAACAGACAGGGCACCAUCAAUGCAUGGCAAGCUAAGUAUAAUGACAUGAACCAGUGGCUUCAGGUGGAGCUGCCCCAAAUUAAGAAGAUCACAGGUAUCAUAACGCAAGGAGCCAAGUCUCUGGGGAAAGAGAUGUAUGUCAUGUCCUACUCUCUGCAGUACAGCGACAAUGGGAUACAGUGGAACCAGUACACAGAUGAUGAGGACCUCCCUUCCAAGACCUUUAUAGGAAAUACAGAUAACAACGGCCAUGUGAAGAACUACAUCUACCCUCCUAUUUUCUCCCGCUUCAUCCGAAUCAUCCCCAAAAGCUGGAUGGUCUCCCUCACCAUGAGGAUAGAACUACUGGGCUGUGACUAUGAGUGAUAAACAGACACACACAGACACAUCCAUACCAGUGAUGACAGGUCAGGUCAACCAUCCACAUCUACAUGCAAACUGAAACACACAUAUGGUGUACGCCCAGACAUAUGCACAUCCACUUCCACACAUACAGCCAUGUACGGAAGAAAAGAGUUUCCCCUCGGGGAUCAAUAAAGUAUUUCUGAUUCUGAUUCUGUAUUUCUGAUCCUACAUACAUACAUACAUUUAUUAGCUAGGUCAUUUGUUAAACUCGUAUAACAGCUUGUGAAACUCAACUGCUACACAAGUUAGGACACCUGCCACUGGGAAAUUUCAGUUUCUUUCUUGCCAGAUUUGGAUGUUGCAACCAAGAAGGAUGCAAAAAAAGUAAUAUAGUCUUUUACAAGUUAAUACAGUGCAACGUGUUUUAUUAUACAAAUAUAUGCGCAGUUAAAAUUUGUUAGAAAACUCAUUGGUAAGUGCAGUAAUAUGCAGUUGUCAGUAGUAUGAGUAAUACUAGCCAUUCUGUCCAUAGUUGUAUGUGUUUUUAAAAUACUAGUUGCAUUUUGUAAGCUGAUAUUUGGCAUUUUGUCCAUCAAAAAAAAUAUGAAUGAAUGUAAAUAUGUAAGUUGAGAUCAUGUAAUUUAUUUUUCAAUAAAUAUGAUGUGAUGUAUGAGUA